AUGAAUAAUUCGUAGUUUAAACGCGGCUCGUUCCGGCGCGCUACGAGCUCGGUAGAGUUCGGCUACGUUCGUGCGCCGUUCGGUAGAGCUCGAUACGCGUGGAUGGAGGGGGUAGAGGUUCCAUCAGAGGUGUCGCAACAGUCCAGACCGGCGGAGCAGUCUGGUAGGGUGGUCAGUACGGGGUGGUGUGCGCGUCACGAAAGCGGAUAAAAGACGGAAGGUAAAAACGUGAUAAGCGGUUGUCAUGACGUUCGCGUGAGACUAGUGCACUGCGAUCCACUGCCCGAAAAACAUGCCAAGUGAUAUCCGGUGCUCGAAUCCACGAUGGAUCGUCGGUGGUGUGACGGUGCAGUGCAAAUUGGUGCUGAUUUUGGUGCUGCUCGCAAUCCUACCUGACGUGUACACCGAGAGCCACGGACCGUCACCAGAUUUCAGCAGACACACGCUGAUCAGACCACGAGUAUAUCACGGAAGGACCAAGCGGCAGAUCUCGUCCAGCAAAGAAAACGACGUGGAGCACGCGGAUGUAUUGACGGUGGGCUUCGAGCUGGACGGGGUGAAACGCAUCCUGGAUCUCAGGCUGAACACCGAUCUCAUCCCGGUCGGAUACCAGCAACGUCAUCAGCAUCGCGGCACCUACAAAGAGCACCUCCCGUCGAAAAAUGAACUCUGCCACUAUCAAGGUAGCGUUCGAGACGUUCCUGGCUCCUGGGUAGCAUUAUCUACCUGCAGAGGAUUGCGCGGUGUUGUUUUCGACGGCGAGAACCUUCACCACAUUCACCCGGAGAAGGAAUCCUUGGAUUCGAACCAUUACGUCUACAAGCACAACGAUCUCGUCGCCAAUCACACCUGCGGUUACGAAGGAACGGCGCACCAUGUUACCGACCAUGAACACCGCAAGAUCGUCAACAGAGCUACCAGGCACAAAAGAGCGACCGAGGUGAUUCGAGGACCCUACAACGCGAACAGACAUUCCAGAUACGUGGAGUUGGUGCUGGUGAUCGAUAAGAAGGAGUACAUUGCUCUCGACGAGAACCUGGACAAGGUGUAUCAACACUGCAAGGACAUUGCAAACAUCAUCAAUGCUUUGUACAUGCCGCUGAACAUAUUCAUCGCCCUGGUCGGUGUUCAAGUUUGGACUGACACGGACGAGAUCACUCUGUCUACAAACGGGGACACCACCCUCUCGAAUUUCCUUCGUUACAGGAGAGAGAAGCUAGUCCAAGACAUGCCGAACGACAACGCCCAACUGUUAACGCGAAUCACCUUCGGCGGAGGCGUGGUAGGAAAAGCGCUUAAGGGACCAAUAUGUACGUACGAAUUUUCCGGUGGGGUCUCGAUGGAUCACUCGAACGUCGUUGGAUUAGUGGCGGCCACCGUGGCUCAUGAAAUGGGUCACAAUUUCGGGAUGGAACACGAUUCCGCCGAUUGCGAAUGCCCUGAAGAGAAAUGCAUCAUGGCAUCGUCGAGCGGCUCCUCGGGACCGACACACUGGUCGACGUGUUCCCUGGAACAUCUAGCGUUGGCCUUCGAACACGGCAUGGAUUACUGUCUGAGGAACAAACCGCCGAAGCUUUUCGACAGUCCAAUUUGCGGCAACGGAUUCGUCGAACCAGGGGAACAAUGCGACUGUGGCUUGAAGGAGAAUUGCGACAAUCCUUGUUGCAACGUAACCACCUGCAUGUUGCACAGCAACGCUAGCUGCGCUACCGGAGAGUGUUGCGAUCUGAAGACCUGUCGACCGAAGAGCGCUGGCACCGAAUGCAGAAGCGCGGAACACGAAUGCGAUUUGCCGGAGUAUUGCACCGGACAGAGCGAAUACUGUCCGGUGGACGUGUUCAAGAUGGACGGGGAAUCGUGCAGUAUGGGAAAAGCUUUCUGCUACCAAGGCUCGUGCAGGACGCACAACGAUCAGUGCAAAUUACUCUGGGGUCCUACGGGUUCGUCGUCCGACGCCCAGUGCUACGACAUGAACAACAGGGGCACGAAACAUGGGAACUGCGGCUACAACAGGGUCGCAUCCAGCUACGUCAGGUGCACCGACGAGAAUCUUCUUUGCGGGAUGCUUCACUGCAAACACCUGAACGAGAGGCUAGAGUUCGGUAUGGAAUCCGUGGCGAUACUAAGUCACUCGUUCAUCAACAACGGGGGGAAGAUUAUACCCUGUCGCUCGGCUAUCGUGGAUCUGGGAUUGAAUCAGGUAGACCCUGGUCUUGCUCCAGACGGCGCCAAGUGUGCACCUGGGAAGAUGUGCGUCAAUCAGAAGUGCAUGACGGUUGCCGAUCUACGCGCAUCCGUGUCCGGAGGGAAAGCGUGUCCCAAUAAUUGCGGAGGCAACGGUGUAUGCAACAGUUUGGGACACUGUCACUGCAGUCGUGGCUUCCGGCCGCCCGAUUGCACUCAACCUGGCGUCGGUGGUUCCGAGGACAGCGGUCCAGCCGAGGAUCCAAAUGCGAGAAACGACUUUAUAAUGGCUCUGUACAUUAUCUUCUUGGGCAUAGUACCGAUGAUUGCCCUGUCCUCGUUCGGCGUUUGGUACGUGAGAAACCCUGGCCAACACUGGAAAAAAGGAAUGAUGUCAACGACCGAUCGCGGCCACAACGGACUAUCCAUCAAAACGAUCGAUCGUUCCAGUCCUUUGCCUCGUAGCAUCGAAACGAUCGAUUCUAGGCUGAGCCAAGAUCCAGCGUGCGCGAGCUUGUUGCCGAAAGCCCAACCGGACAAGCCUUACAACAAUAACCUGUUCGGCCAGUUCAAAGGCUUCACGAUCACACCGAUCAAGAGUCAAACGAAACCACCUGAGCCGAAUAAACCGGCACCACCUCCGCCUACGAUCCCAACCGUAGCCAUCAAAACCAACAUCAAGACUAUCCCGAAGAAUAAUCCGUCGAGAAGCUCUUUAUUGAACACGACGUCUAGCUUCAACGAUGCAUCCGUUGCACCAACUCUGCCGCCUUUGAAUCCAGGCUGCACCGCCCGUCCUCUGAUCAGUAGUCCGGUGCUGGCAGCGACAACCUGCACCUCCGUGGAGUUAGUGUCUCCCAAGACCUCCACUAGACCUCCUGAUGGACCCACCAGGCCAGCUCCGGCUCCUCCUCUUUCCAACGAUAUCCAAAAACCUCCCAGACCCAACAGUACACCCUUGACAAACGUCCUGGUGCCUGAACCCGUCGAAAAGAAAGCCGACAAGAGCGGUACCCUGAACAGAUUAGCCAACAUGCUUCGACCAAACUCUGGUAUCAUAAAGGUGGGACUGCAAGCGUCCCAAAAAGACGAGAAGAACACUAAUUCUUUACCUAGAACGCAGCACCUUAAAGCGAACAAGGUGAUCGAUAAAGAAAUCUUAAGGAACUUGGAGAUCUCCAACCCUAUCCCUCAGAAGGAGAUCGAGAUACCCACACCAGCCAUCUCCGUGAUCCCUGCCACUGAUGUGGAUAAGAAAAACGUGGUGCUACGGGCUCAGUCGAUGAGGGACAACAAGGUCACACCAAGACCAACGAUCCAAACCUUUGGAUCCAUGAGACAGACGACACCGGUCAAGAGACCAACGAGUAUUCCAGCUAGUACCAGACCCACUGCUCCACCUCCAGGACCUCCUACAUCCACGGCCACCACCACGGACAAGAUCAACGAGACAGGGAAGAUUCCUGGUCUACCCGGUUACCAAACUCCGCAAGUGAAGAAUAUGCAAAAGGUAGUGGACAAUGCUUACGACGACUGCAUGAAUCUCGUCUCUGACUCGUCUUUGACUAAGAUCACCGAAGAAUCGCCAACGAACGAUAAUAUUUACGCUGUCAUAGAGGAGGCUGUUCCCGAGAAGAAUCGAAAGAAUCCGGAAUUGGAGAAGAAGCAGGUCGACAACGAGUACAAACAACCGAAACGCGUGGAGACAACGUCCAACUCUGCUGGAUUAGAGUCGAUGGGUCUGUUGUCGGAGAUCGUAUCGGAGAUAUCGAAUCGAAACUUUGAUUCCAUAUACUCGACCGCCACACUGAAGAAGGGACAGGAGGCUGAGAAUUCGAAGAACAUGGAAGACUUGGGCUCCAACAGUUCCCUAGGCGCUUACGUGAACUCGAACCACUACAAAUCACCGGGCAGCAUUUAUUCGAAUUCUACCUCCGGCAAGUUCAACUCCUCCAGUUCGACGACCAGUUCGGGCUACUUGAAUCCUUCGGCGUUGAACGUGCCCCAGCAACAGUCGAACAAAGUCGUGCCAGACGCGAAAACGUUGAACAAAAAUAAACCAGUGUCUCUGAGUUCGACGAACCCGAAUUUGAACGACGAUAUAUCGAAAGAGCUGGGUAUGAAACCGGCGGAAGAGGUCGUACACCGUAAGCCACUCGCUCCUCUGAAAACUCGAGGCAUUCAACGUGCAUCGACGAACUCGAAGAGCGAGGAGGACACGGUCGACGGUAAGGAACAACCGUUGAAACCACCUCUUGGAAGAACAAAAACCCCACCGAACAUCAGAACGUCGAAAGAUAGCAGGCAAAGCGUGGACACCGCAUCAAAGUCUAAACAGGGAACUAAACAGAGUUCAAACUUGGAUACAGUGAGCCAAGAUUCAGAGACUAAAAGUAAUAAAAACAGCACCGGUAGCUUGGAUAAGGAUUCUCACAAUAAAUUAUCCAUGAAAACUGUGCCUUGUAGUCCUAAGGAUAACGGGGGAAGGUUGAACAGCCCUGAUUUAGUGUCUAGUUGUUCGAAUUCCAACCAAAACAGUACAAAAUCACCGGAUGUUCUUGGAAACAAUCCAAAGCUAAGUUUACAGCCGAAGAAUGUUCAAAAAACGCCGACGCUUCCUCGAGGAAACGCCAAGGCAACGUCCACGCCGCCGAAGCCGUCGAACGUUGCCUCCAAGGGUACCGGUCCCCCUUUGGAGAAGAAGAAACCGUUUUCGGUCGGUGGUAACGUUAACGUCACCAAAUCUUUAUCAACGACCGCGAAGGAUGCAACGACGAAGAGCGCGUUGUCGAAAUCGAAUCAGAAAACGGAAACGAAGACCGGAGAUUUAGGAACGAAGACGAACGCGGUGCAAAGGGCAGCUAGCAGCAAAUCGAACGUGGCAUCUCUGCAGCAAAAAUUCGAGGCCAACAGAAACGUGAACGCGUCGAGGACGAUACCGAGUGUACACAAAAAGACUGUCGGGAAGACGACGGAAACUGCUGGUGUUAAAAAGUGACUGACACGUGUGGAACAACUAGACAAAGGGAGGAUCUACUUGAAAUAUUCUAGUCUACUGGUCGUUUAAAUGGGGACGCGCGAGAUUUCUUCUAUGAAUUUUAUUUUAUUGCAUUGACACCCCUCGAUGGACGGAAUUGGAUUUUAAAUCAUGGAUUUCAAUUGACUUUGACUGUUUCUUCGGAUGAGAUACUUGACGCGUUGACUGUCAUCGAUGUUAGAUCAGUGUCACGAAUUUCAUUUAUUCGUAUAAAGAAAGGAAGACUAUUCCGAAUAUCACUAAUACUACACCAGUAAUUCGAAGCAUAGUAAAUUGAAGCGUUAGAUUGAAAAAUUCAGUUUAGGUAUGGCAGUCAAUGAUUUAACCCUUUCGUUAUCGAACCACGACAGGAUACAGGUAUCUUCUGGAAGCAUUGAAAUAAAUAUUACUCGUCAAGCUUCCAAGAGAUCAAUUUUCGAUUAUCGCACGGCACAGAGAAAGGGUUAAAGAUUAUGCAAAAGAGGACAGUCACGAUAGUACAAUGAUCAAUUCGCUAUGGGUUACAUCGAGCGAAUGAGAUAAUUGUUUGAAAAAAAGUACGCGAACGUAACUCGUAUUUACUAUCAGAAUUACUGAAGCUAGGUUGUAUUACGGUCAAAUAUUACCACCGUGUGUAAAUAGUAGUUACUUAAAAAUAUAUAAUACGAAUAUUUUUUGUAGAGAUCAUCCAUUACCACGUAACGUACCAGGAAACGUUCAGAAACGUCAGACUAUUUCUCUUACGAGGACUUUUUUUGUAAAAUGAGAUGACGGGACGAGCAGCAGUUAUUUUCAAAGGUUUCGCUCGAAAUUUCUUAAACUCUGUGAUAUAACGUGUAACGAAAGGUGUGUGACACAGACACGUCGUACGUUAUUGUAAGUAGCCGAGUAUAGACGCGACCAAAUCUAUCCAUUUUAUAUCAUAUCUUCAUGAAAGAAAACAAGAACGAAAA